GUCACUGCGCAUGUGUAUAAUGUUUGCAAUCCCGGGACUUAAAAGUGGAUCACAGCUAUUCUCUGACGUCUCAUAUUAUAAAAAGAUCAACAUAACUUGAGGAGUGAAUUCUGUGUGCCGUUGUUAUCAUGGUAUGGAUACCGACCAUCUCGUGUUGGCUAUUCACGAUUUACCUUAUGUCAUUCGGUGUUUCUCAUGUUUAUGGAAUAACGCUGACAGCAAGAGAUGAGACAGGAAUUAAAGGACCCAACCCAGUCACUGUCAAGUGUGAAUAUGUACUGGCACCGGGAGAAGUACUUUUUUCAAUAACAAUGAGUAGAAAAAGAACUACCGAUCCAUCUUAUACGGACAUUGCAGUUUUUAGACCAGUCAACUCAUCACGCUUUGCGGCAAGCGUUUCAACCACUUUUAGAGAUCGAACAACACUCAUCAUGUCUGAUGGUUCCACAAGUGUGCGUUUUGAUCGUGUAGAAUGUGAGGAUGAGGCAGCCUACCGCUGUACUGUUAAUUAUCAAACAGCAGGGAACACGGCUGAUACAAAGACAGCUGAUAUGAACCUUUUGUUGCAAGCACAACCCUUGACACCAACCAUAACACUGACUCCUGCCUACGCUGAUGGCUACACAAACGGACAGCAGGUUCAAUUCCAGUGUCAGGGAUCUGUUGGAAAACCUGCAGGAGACUUCUUGUGGUUCAGGUACCGUGGCAACACGCCAGAGGACAUAACUAGUCUAGCCAGACUAAACCCUGCCUAUUCAAGUCCAGGAACCUGCACCUCUGAUCGAAUAAGUCAGCUGACACUGAAUGUCAGCAGACAAGACAAUGGAAUGACCAUCCGGUGUGCAGCAAACCACACUACGCUCACAAAACCUACAGGGUUCGAAACAUGCAACUCUACAUGUAGACAAGCUGACAAGAUCACAGUUUUCUUUACAUUCAGUGAGAGUGACCCCGAUGUCAGCUCCAACCCUGCAGGAGGUACACACACUGUUGGCGACACCGUCACCCUGAAGUGUAAUGCUGAUACCAACCCACCAGCAACCUUCUCCUGGCACAAAGAAGGAGACGAUAAUUCCACCACGCCGGGCGAAGAAUGGACACUUUCUAAUCUUCAGAUAGAAGAUUCAGGAACAUACACAUGUAUGGCCACCAAUGUCGUCCGUGGUGUGACGUACAAUGCAUCAAGAUCUCUCAACAUCAAUGUGGUUGUCAAACCCAUCAUCCCAUCAACCACAAUCACGGCGACUUCUCGUGGACCUCCUCCAGGAAAUACAGACAAUACUGUAGUGAUAGUUGUGUGUGUCAUCAUCGGUGUGCUGCUGAUCACGGGGGUGUUGACAGGUGUGGUCUUCUACAGGAAAAGGAGAGGCAUGAAGACUCUCGAAGAUGCGCACUAUGAGAAGCCUUAUACAGCAUUGCAACGUGGUACAAGUGUUCAACAGACAUAUGGAGUCAUCAGGAGCGAAACUACACAGGGUAAACCCACUCACUACAUGUCAACCAAAGAGUACGGAUUUCUCAUUGUAAAUUCACCCGCACAGCCAAGAGGUUUUCCAGUGUAUGUUAAUGAAAGCUUUGACCACGCUGUAGGAACAACAACAACAUCUGCUUCGCUUACAGCACCCGCACAGCCAAGAGGUUUUCCAGUGUAUGUUAAUAAAAGCUUUGACCACGCUGUAGGAACAAAGACAACAUCUUUUUCGCGUACAGAUGGGCCAAUCUAUGAAGACCUCAAUUGACCUUUCACAUUGCCUGUCUGUCAGUCCUCACUGAGAUAACGGAAACAUGUUUCUGUACACACAUUUACCAUCUGAAUAUGUUUUCAAAUAGUAACAGUAAGGAUGUGUGUAGAAGUGUUCAGCAUAUCUCCUUAUAUGGAAGGUAGGAGUAUAUGUUCAAUAACGUGAGUAGACACUGUUUUUUAUAACAUGUGACGUGUAAACAGAAAUAUCCAAGCGUAAGUUAUUUCUUUCAGUGUCCUAUAUAUUUAGAAUACAUUUUGUGCAUUAUGCCUCCCCUCACGAAUCUAUACAUGUGUUGACCAAUUCUUCAAGUCCGUGAAUGUGUAUAAAUCAAGAAAUGUGAGAAUGGACACAAUCUAAACAAAGCACGUCCUCUGUAUAAAUAAGUAAUGUCAUCCUUGAAAGUCGUAGUCACUCUCAAAACCUGCACGAAUAAAAAUAAUGGAUUAGGGUUACCACAUCCCGUGGAUUUUGCUUUCAAGCUGAAAUACCGGGCAAAAUAAUCUGAUCACCUUGUUCUGCAGUUCCCACAGAAAGAGACAGGCGUUAACCAUAUAGUGAUUAUCUUAAUAACAGGAAUCAUUUUUCGAUGGCUGUACAAAAUUGCAAUACUAUAUCGGAAGUGCACUUGCCAUGAGGCCGAGCAAUAGAGACAUGGGAUAAAAAAAACUAAUACAUUAACACGAGUCCACUCAAAAGAAGCUAAUAAGUCAAAUCAUGUGACAAGACAUGUCGUUAUUAGCAUGUGUGACCACCCCCGGCAUCAAACCCCCUGCACGCCAAAAUACCUUUCCUCAUGGGUGUCGUCAAUAGCCGGAUAACGUCAGCAGGAAUUCUGCACCACUAAUCCAAUAAAACCUGUUCAAGCUGCUGUCCGUUUGCUGAGGAGGUAUGCGUUGUCUCAGCUGUCGAUCACAAUGAUCCAAGAGAGACUCUAUGGGAUUCAUGUCUGGAGAACAUGCUGACCAAGGCAAUACGUUGACGUUAACGUUGUGUAGAUAUUGCUGAACAAGUCAGGUGCAAUGAGGUCGUGCAUGAUCCUGCUGCAAAAGGGUACCUCUUGGCUGUCCAUGAAUGGCACUACAACAGGUCGCAACACUUCGUCCUUGUAUCUUUGGCCAGUCAGAUUCCAAUCGAUGAUGACAAGCCUUGUUGUCCAGUGACCGCAAAUACCGCCCCAUACCAUGACGCCGCCUCCACCAUAAGAUAAACAGGUCUUUAAUUCAGAUAAAACUUAAUUUACAAGUGAUAAGUUUAUUUUGCCCGGUAGUUUCUUUACAUUGGGAAUCAUCUUAACAGUAUUUCUCUUUGAAUUGUACAAUCAAUUACAAUGACUACACAACACAGAUAUAGCCUCAUCAGUAUAUCUUUUAAUGUGUUUGUUCAUACUUAUCUUUUUGCUUUGAAGUAGGGAUUGUAGAAAAAGCUUCAGAGAAAAUGUUUAAAGGAAAACUGUUUACAUUUUGUCUGCUUAAACUGUGGAAAUUACUAAUGGCAUUGUUUGCGAUGGCUGAGCUGUAAAUCCUAAUGCUCAUGCCAACACAUAAACGUUAUUUUACUGUGUUAAAGGGGAAGUGUACGUACAAAAAUGACUUUUUAUCUUAUAUGAAAGAUUGAAUGAGUUAAUUUAAUGUUUGAAAUUAAACACUCUUUUUUUCACAAGAACACCUGAAAUGAAAGUGACGGAACAGUUUCCAUAAUCUGAUUGUGGACUUUUUGUUAAUUUAAAUGGUGUUUUUAGAUCUUAAUAUGAAACAGACGAGGCUCCUGUACUACUCUCUUUUAGCUUAGAUGGGAAAAUCAGUAGGGAUUUGAUGUUUGAUCUUUUGGGAUGGUUAUCAUUCUGUUUAUUUGUACUUGAGGCCUCAGGCCCAUAUACAAAGUAUACAAAGUAUACAAAAUUACAAAUGUUCCAUCAAGGUGAUGGCGGUUCAUCAUACUUAUAUAUUCAAUGAUAACAUAGUGUACAGUAAUUAAUGAUAACAUGCUCUCCUCACAAGUGAAGCUUUACAGAAUUUUAGCAAGUUUUCUACUAUAGCUGGAUCAUAAUCAUUCAUUAAAUUAACAAAACAUAUCGGUUCCUCCAUAUACCUGAAGCGUAACUUCUUGUCCAAAGUCCCAUGUUUGAUAUUGCCAAAUACUCAUUGAGGGAUCGAACAUCUGAAAAUAAUAAUCGUCAAAACUACAUGGCCAUUUACUGUAGUAAUUGUUCAUCUAUAGAUACAUGCUUAGAACGUAUUUGUAUUAUUUCAAUAUAAACUGGAUAAUUAAACAUUCAAUACAUUA